CAUCAAUUCCGACUAGAGAGAUAGCUUAGAGAAUAGAGAAUUAGGGAUCACAUUGAAUCAAGCAACAAUGGAUAUCGCGUACAACCUGGUCGCUUCGAAAUGCGCACAACAGAUGCAAGCUUAUCAAGAAUGCGUGAUGAAGAAUCAGGAUGGGAACUGGGCGGACAUCUGUAGAGAUCAAUCUCAAGCUGUCACGCAGUGUGCGAACGAGACUAUCCCGAACCUGUCAUCCCUGAAGACGACCUGUCAAUCCCAGAUCGAGACAUACACGCGGUGCGUGGACUCGGCAUCCCGGACAGGCUUGUCAGACAAGGAGAUGGAGGAGAGUUGUCGGGAUAGCAUGAAGGCUCUUUGGAAGUGCUGCGAAGGGGUGUUAGGUGGAGUUGCCGGGGGAUCGUCGUAAUGCUGGACUUACGGCAAGGGUUUGCCCAUUCAGCACGAUAGACGGUUCAUGGUCUCGUCACCAAAGGAGAUACGGCCUAUCGAUCGAGGCAGGUCUUCAUCAAGAUUGAAUUGAGAUGAGGGAAUAUAUGUAAGGGAUCCAGCCUGCGGAGGUACAUGAGCAGGAGUAGGGGUUUGAAACUCCGAGACGCAGAGGAAGGUUGAGCGAAGAGAUGGCCACGAACUUGACCGCCCGCCCGCCCGAGUCAGGGAUCUUCUUGCGUGGGGCAGUGUAUGCAUAGGAUCGCUCCGUCCUAUAGUCAUGUCGCCCAUUUGUACUAUGCCCAGUAGAGGAGGAAGUCAAGACGAACAGAUGAAUACACACAGUUCGACCCGA